UUUAGAACCUUUAUCCUACCCUGUUCCUACUCCAUCGCUACCAAUCACCAUUCAUUGGAGCAAAUCGACAUAGACGCCCUAUGAUACCAUAAAAGCACUGGGCUGAAAAUGGUGAAUGCUAGACGAGUGCCUACGUGACGAAUACUGUUGGUUCGAAAACCGCAACAGCAUGCGAGGAGAGACAUCACGCAUGCCCGGUGUCGAUCAAGCCAGACCGGCCUUCACUUGUCCCAUCUGCAAGAAGACAAACCUACCAACCAAUAUUCUUCCAUGCUGCCGGGUUGUUUGCAUCGCAUACACUUUGGCCUUGACAUUUUAUUUGUCGAAUCGGGCGAUAUUUUGUCUAGGCAUUAUGGUGGCGGGAUCCAUAUCUUCUAAGCGAAGACUGUUGUUACAUGCCCAAGGACAGAGACUAGCCACGCAAGACACUCCCCAGAUGCACUUGUGAGAUAAGUCCAGACUGAUCGCUUCUGGAAUGGCCUCACCUCAACAAGCCAGCAAGGCAUUUUGCGCCACCAAGCAGCCGACACUAUAGUCAACAACCA